ACGAGCAGAAUAAGCAAUGGGGCCAUCUCGAUGAUUUUCUAAGCCUUAUAACUCCAAACGAAGAAAAAUAUCGUACCUACUGUAAUCGGUAAUCUACUCGUCUUCAGCUAUAAUUAUUUUGUGAUAUGUAAGUUUUCGGGCAUAACAAACUCAUCUUACACCCCUGUUCAAAUUGACGCGUCCCAAGCAUACCAAUCUCUGGAACUGGUGAGUAAUGAUCGUUCCUUGGCGUCUUGCGCGGGUCCACGGAGUUACCACUCUCAUUUAUUUUAAUUUGAUCCUGUGUUAUGUCUUAUGUUGAGCCUCACGAUCCUAGUCCGAAUAUGCGAUUUUUGAAAAAGUCAGCUACAACCUAUUUAGUCCAUCCUCGCCGAAAUUGUUAUGCACCUUUUACGAGGAGUAAAACAGGACUAUCGUGGAGCGGCCCCGCACCGCACAGAUGGCUUCUGAAUUAAAUUAUAGCCAUUGUGCUGUCUUACAUAACAGGCUUCUCGAAAUAGGUUGGGUGGGCUCUGGGAAACGAUUAGAAUACGAUAGCAAUAACGAUCAAGCUGAAGUUCUACAUCGUCGCAAUUGGUUCGAAUACUUUGGUGAGGAUGCAGAGAGAAUACGCGGCCGACUUUCCCCGUCGUUGGUGGCGUUCCUGGAACGCGCGUUGGUAGUGGACGAUCACUCACUACACUACUAUGUUGGGGGCCUAGCUAGCCCGGAUUACUUAUGGCUGAAUCACCACAGUGGCGGCUAUUCGGCAGAAGCAUCAGAUCGGUAUUGGACUUUGUAUACUGCAACUGGAAUUGCUUCAGAACCAGAUGGUCUCGUGUUUGAUCAAGUGGGAAACAAGGCGGUCAUGCAAACGUCAAUUUUCGACUCUCCAAUCACCCAUAACGAUCGCCAGCAGUGGUUCCCCCUUGAGGAUGUCCUAAGCGCGUGGCUUGAUAUGGUAGAAGUAGGUAAAGUCCGAGCUGUUGGACCUGAUGUAGAGGUACCAAAUGAGAAAUUCGACCCGUGGAUAAUCCUACCGUACAGCGAAAGUCAAUUGCAAGAGACGCUCACAGCCUACCAUGGCCUUUUGGAUGCAAUUGAGUCUCGGAUACCAGAUGUUGCUAGACCACCGAGUGAACCCCAACUCAUCCCCAAUACUUCGUUAGAUACUGCAAACAUAUCACCUGGCUUUGUCCGAGAGUUUCUAAAUAAAGCACAGCGGCCAUGGUUUCAAUACAUAGCGCCAGGUCUCGAGAUACCCACAAUUGAUUCCUUUUGCGAGCAGCCCUUUAGCGGAGUUGAGCUGAAUUCUAUAUCCGAGACCUCGGCCACUCCGCAAACAAUCCAGUUUCCUAUCUUGUUAUUCCGGGCGUCGGAUAUGUUCCGCACCCCACCUAGUCCCCAUGGGGUUGACGAUCAGACUGGUUCAUACCUCCCUUUCGCAUGGCCUUGGUCUGGAGUAAGGACGUACCCGGCAGGGCUUUACCUGACGGACUCGGAUCGACAAGCCAUGUGCUUUGAGGAUGGGGCCCGGGUCGUACUCCCUUUCGGUAUCGGGGCAUCUGGAUACGCGCGUACCAGCGACGGGGCAAGGUUCGGCGAGAACAAAGAGGAGAAAGGCUCCCUUCUUCAUCGGAUGAAGGACACACACGCUGAUCUCUACCAAUUGGGAUACAAUCCAUUCAUUGAAUCCCAUGAAGUUCGCCUAGUUCAGGUGUUACACUUGUGGCACAAACAAAUUGAGACCGGCGCCUGGGAGGUAGGGAGGGAUGGCGUGCUAGGAGGAAUUGAGAAGUGGAGGGAAGCUGAUUCGGAGGCUGGCUGGAAGGGUUACGUGGUUCUGAUUAGCUGGUAACGCUUAGCACGAGUCAUUUGCGCGCAAACAUUUUUUUUUAAAAAAAAAAAAAACCAAAAAAAACCUUGGAAGAAAGAUAUGCCUACUUCUAGAGCCGCCGUAUUCCGCAACCAACCAUAAUACACUGC